CAGAAAAAAGACGGAAAAUUCAAAAAUCGGAAAAAAUGGAAACAUUUCUGUUUCUCAUCUUUCUCUUUCUCACCGCCAGUGCAGCUUACUCCCCUUUCCCUCCUCCCUCUACGGACCGUUUUAUCAAAUCUUCCCAAUCCUGUGAACUCAAACCCCAAGAAUAUUUGGAGCUUACGCAUCCUCUGCCGUCCGAUUUCCACACGCCGUCAUGCAAUCUGACGAUCAUCCACCACUCCUUCGCCAACACCAUCAACUCCCCUCCGUUCACCACGCCUUACUCUCCCCCGUCCGAUUGCCCCUCCCCGUGGUCCCGCGUGGUGCUCGAAUUUCAUGCCGAGUCGAGCGGGGAACAGUAUGACCGCAUCUCUGGCUUGUGGCUCGGCGGCGUCGAGCUGCUCCGCACCAGCACGGCCGAGCCGACUCCGUGCGGAAUCUUCUGGAAAGUCCGUAAGGACGGUACAAGGUACUCCUCUCUGUUAUCUCAAAAUGGACUCAAUGUCUCCAUGAUGUUAGAAAACGUCGUCAACAGAGAGUACACCGGCGUUUACCAUAUCCACGUUAAUCUCGUCUUUUAUACUAACACGUCCGUUAGUGUCCCGUUAAUUUUAAACCGAACGUCAAAAUUAGGCUUCGUAAACUCUCAGAUAAAUCUAGGUGAUGAUAAUGGUGUUAUGGUGCGGGGUUCGUCGGGAUUGUUUGGACAGGAGUACCAAUCACCGGCUGAUUUGAUAAUACCGGUAUCGGAUAAUGGGGACAGGGGCUUUUGGUUUAGAAUUGAUAGUGAAUCGGAUAUACAUUAUAAGAAUAUUCGAAUUCCGCGCAAUACUCGUCGACUUAUGCUGGAACUGUAUGUGUCUUUUCAUGGAAACGAUGAGUUUUGGUAUUCAAAUCCACCAAGCUCAUAUAUUACAACGAAUAAUUUGACUACUGGGCGUGGCAAUUCAGCUUACAGAGAGGUUUAUUUUACAAUUGAUGGGAAUUAUGCAGGAUCGGAGGUGCCAUUUCCAGUUAUUUUCACAGGCGGAAUCAAUCCAUUGUUUUGGGAACCUGUUGUGGCCAUUGGUGCAUUUAAUUUACCUUCAUAUGAUUUUGAUUUGACACCAUUUUUAGGGCUUCUUGUGGAUGGUAAGUCUCACCAAAUUGGGAUUGGAGUGACAAGUGGCAUUUCAUUUUGGCUUGUUGAUGCUAAUUUGCAUUUGUGGUUAGAUCAUGUAUGGCCUAAAGUUGUAGCAAACUCUGUGGUAUAUAGUAGUCCUUCUCUUAGCAUCAGGCGACGCGAACAAUUUAAAUUACUUGAUGGGUUAUUUCAGAUUAAAGCAAAGAGAAGCAGUAAGUUUUCUGGGUGGGUUUUCUCUAGUGCAGGUAAUUUCACCCACACUGUUUCACAGGAGUUUAAGAUGACCAGCUUGGUGAAAUUCACCAAUAAUGGAACUUAUAAAGUGGCACAGCAGAGAGUUAAGUCAGAGAAGGAUAUGAGGUUGAAAACAGAAUUGGGUGCUUCAAUUAUUCGUGUGAAUACUAAGAGGAAAUACCCUUUAGAUGUAAUUACUCGGACACUACCUGGUUUUAGCGGUGAAGACACAUAUUUGCUUAUCACCAAUGUUUCUCAUGCAUUGAAUGAGAGACAUUUUGUUGGUGGUGUUUUGUGUAAUGUUCAUAACAGCCAGUCUUCUUCUGGGUGGAUGGAGAUUAGGGAUCACUCUGUUCUAUCAGGUGAAUCAAGAACCAACCAGAGUUACAGUUAUGGAGAUGAGUUCAUUUGCUACAAUAGAGAUGUUGCAGCCUUAAAUGGGAGACUUAUCGAAGACAAUUCAACUUUUUUAUGUUCCUCUUCCAUUUAAUUUAGGUGCUAACAAUUAAUCUGCACUGUUUUUGCUUGUGCCAACAAAUUUCUCUGUUGCGCGGAUAAUCUCCAUUUCUUGUUCGGGUGUGGUGUACUUCAGUUUGCACCAUCUUUUCAACUGUAAAUAAAUCAUGUUGUUGAAUGUAAAUUUCUUGUUUCAAAAUGUUCGAAUAAUAUUUGCAUUCAUGGUA